UUUUUGUAAAAGCUUUUUAACUUUUUCAAAACUUUUAUUAAUUCGGUAUUUUAUAAAUUAUGCUAAAAUAUGGAUGCGGUAUUUGAUAUUUGUUAUCUUUCUCCGGACGGCAGUAAUAUUGAACCUGAUGACAUACCCAAAACAAAGGAUAGUGUUUGGAUUUUGGGAAAAAAAUAUAGCGCAGUGCAAGAUUUAGAUAGAAUCAGGCGAGAUAUCACGUCAGUAAUAUGGUGCACCUACAGAAAAGGGUUUGUCCCUAUCGGGAACGAGGGUUUGACGUCAGAUAAGGGAUGGGGGUGUAUGUUGCGAUGCGGGCAGAUGGUGCUCGGGGUUGCACUCGUUCGGAUUCACCUGUCUGCUGAUUGGGUAUGGACUCCUGAUACAAGAGACCCAACAUAUUUAAAAAUAGUUCAAAGAUUUGAAGAAAGGAAGCAGGCUCCUUAUUCAAUACAUCAAGUAGCUUUGAUGGGAGCUAGUGAGGGAAAGGCUGUGGGACAAUGGUUUGGACCAAACACAGUAGCACAAGUUCUCAAGAAAUUGAUAGCUUAUGACAAGUGGAGUUCACUUGUAAUUCAUGUGGCAUUAGAUAAUACAGUUGUAAAAGAAGAUAUAAUACAGCAGUGUAUAGUGAAAAAUGACAGAGGGGAUAACUCAAGCACUCCAAGCAAUGUAACAUCAGACUGGAUGCCGCUGCUGCUGAUAGUUCCUCUGAGGCUGGGCCUCAGUGAGAUUAACCCAGUCUAUAUUGAUGGGCUCAAGAUGUGUUUUGAGUCGCCACAGUCGAUAGGCGUGAUCGGUGGCAAACCGAACCAAGCACUCUAUCUUAUUGGCUGCGUGGGCGAUGAAGUUAUAUAUUUAGAUCCGCACACAACACAACGAUCAGGACUAGUUGAGAAUAAGAUGACAGAUGAGCAGAAGGAAAUGGACUGUACUUUCCACUGUAAGUUUGCAUCGCGUAUUCCGAUAAUGGCGAUGGACCCUUCCGUGGCUGUGUGUUUUCUGUGCCUGACGAAAAGAGACUUUGUUGAACUUUGCACAAAUAUCGAGAAUAAUUUGAUGAAAGAAGCUCAGCCUUUAUUUGAGCUCUGUGAGAAGAGACCCUCCCACUGGGGGCCUGCCACAUCCGACAUAGAUUUGCAAAAUACCUCAUUAUUUACAGAAUUUGAAGAUGUUGAUCGGCAGUUUGAUGAUUCAGACGAAGAGUUCGAAAUCUUGUGAGAAUUUUUAU